UGAUCAUAUUCACGAUUAACUGCUGCUUUCUUGUUUUUUUUUCUCUUCCGGCCAGCUGGCCAACAGCUAGCAACUCACCAUCCACUCUACUAUAUUAAUUCCCUUCCCCCUAAUUUUCCUCUUCUUCACCUCUUGUUUUUCUUCCUUCCUUCCUUUCUUUUUUUUCCGCCCAUUACGCGUCUACAUUGUUUCGUCCUGUUUUGUUCUGCAAGCCACGAUUCCGACCAAGCGCAAUGGCGUCACAGGCUCAACGCGAGGGCGAAGAGAUCAUAGCCGAAUCUCACAGACUCAUCGCUGAACGAAACGCCGCCAAAGAGGCUGCUUUCGAGGAAACUCUCGUUACGCCAAGCAAGAAUGUAAACAAUGCCGAUGUAUUAAAGAACGAAAUCAUUCCUCCUCUCGAUGGGGAAACAGGAGGCAGCUCAUCUAACCACGUUCAGUCUCCCCAAAUUACACAAGAAAUCUCUGAUGAUUCCUCUUCCUCUGACUUCUCCUCUUCCAACGAUGACGAUUACGAAGACUCUUCUGGAGACAACAACUCCUCUGCCGAAAACGACUAUUCUGGCGAUCACGACUACUCUUAUGACAACGGCGGCGGCAAUAACAAUGACGACAAUGACGAUUUUUACAAUCACGAUGCUCUCAACGAGCUAUUUCCAAUGGCCCAAAAUGCGAAUGUCAUAACGAAGCAGGUUCAGAAGUUCCUCAAAGCGGCUUACAGAAGAGAAUCCAGGUUUUGGACCCAGGAUAUGAGGAAGGAGUUCAAGGAGGUUGCGCCGACUUUGAAAUACGAAAUCUUCCCAACAACAGGCAAGAUUUCGGGUCAUUAUAUCUGCAGAUAUGCAAGCCGGGAUGGCCAUAUUUGGGUCCGAUUUUGGUUUCUGCGAGUAAUGUUUGGUCCGAUUGCCUGCUCGCGGCAACCAUGGUUUACAAAGCUUGCUGCGGAACGUCCUUGGGUAUUGGAUGAAGCAGACGAAGGUGUUGUCCCUGAAAAUACAGCGUCCAUUCUCUCGUCAAAAACUACGAUAUGGACACCCAAGAUUCUUCAAAAAGAAACGCCGACUCUCAAUUAUACAUGGGCUGGGAAAAGGAAGGCUGUUAAGCCGAUGAAAUCCUCACGUCCUACCAAGGGAACCAAGGUGUCUAGAUCCAAUAACAACCAAGAUCCUCGAGAGAUUCCCCGUCCACGCACCCGAACCAGGGCGUCCAUAAAUAGGCAAAACUCUCGAAAUGCCUCCCAUUCAACCAACGAAGUCUCCCAGUCAAGAAACGAAGUCUCCCAGUCAAGCAACGAAGUCUCCCAGUCAAGCAACGAAAUGUCCCAGUUAAGCAACGAAAUGUCCCAGUCAAGGAAUGAACAAAAUCCUCAAAACAUCGAAGCCAUGGCACCCAGUUCCAAUGAAUCGGCAAGGAUUCAAUCUGCCUAGUGAAUUGGAGAUCAAGGUACUAAAGCAGAAAUACGGUGCAAUGCGUUCGA